AUGACGUUCGAGGAAGCCGCCGAGAAAGUGAAACACUUGAAGGGAAGUCCCUCAAAUGAUGAACUCUUGGAGACAUACGCGCUUUACAAACAAGCCACCACUGGCGAUAACACCACAUCGAAGCCAGGCAUGCUCGACCCCAAGGGAAAGGCUAAGUGGGACGCCUGGACCAGCAAGAAGGGCACUUCCUCAGAUGAUGCCAAGACCAAGUAUGUUGCCCAUGUCAACGCACUGGUCUCAAAGUAUGGAUCGAAA